AUGAGUGUGCAUGGUUAUCAUUUGCUCACUAUGUUUUUCUGGUCCAUUACAUGUAAUAUUUUGAAACUGACCGUCUUAGCUAAGGAUGAUACAAAGACUGUUGAGUCCUUGCAAUUCGACUUGGGAGCUAUUGAAACCGCCACAAACAAGUUUUCCGAUAAUAACAAGCUAGGUGAAGGCGGAUUUGGUGUAGUUUUCAAGGGAACACUUGCUAAUGAACAAGAAAUUGUAGUGAAGAGGUUGUCAAAAAGCUCUAGACAUGGCGUCCAAGAAUUUAAGAACGAGAUUGCAUUGGUAGCCAAACUUCAACAUAGAAAUCUUGUUAGGCUUCUGGGAUUUUGUUUGGAAGGAGAGGAAACCCUACUUGUUUAUGAAUAUGUGCCAAACAAAAGUCUUGAUUAUUUUCUUUUUGAAUCCAAAAAACGUGAGCAACUGGAUUGGUCAAGCCGAUGCAUGAUAAUAGGAGGAAUCACUCUAGGAAUUUUAUAUCUUCAUGAAGAUUCAAGGCAUAAGAGGUCGCACUUGAUUCAAGGCAUAGAGUUAUACAUCGUGAUCUAA